AUGGGCGCAAUUGCGGGGUUCGCGCUCGCCCUACUCAUCGCCUGGCGCUUCUCCCGCCCGCGGGGCCCCCGCUCCGCGCGCCCUCCGCACGCGCGCUCGCCGCCUCCCCCGUCCGCCGCCGGCGCGCGCAAACGCGACGAGGCGGGGCCCUCCGGAACAGCAGGCGCGGGCGGACGCGGAGCGGGGGAGGUUGCGCGCGCGACUGGCGCGUCCGCGGGGAUCAGCCAGGCGCAGCAAAGAGGCGCGGGGAGAUCCGCGGGAGGGGGAGCGUUCGCGGAGGCGGAAGGGAAUGGAGGAACGAGGGGCGGCUUGAGAAAAGAGCUGGUUCGGCAAGAAGACGUGCCCCAGUCGCGUCUGGCGCUCACAGUGCGGCAGCAGCUUAAUGGCGGCAAGAGAGUCACGAUUCAGAUGCUCGGAGUGGUGCUAAACCAAUCAACACCAGAAGAGCUGCAAUCGGGGGCGUCGUUGCGGAGUGGAGCAGCGGAGAUAGUGCGAGAGGUGGCGAGGCAGGCCGAUGUGUACCUCAUGGCACAAGUGCACAACGACGAGAGCGAGGCCACCAUCCUGUCAGCACUAGAGGAGGCUAGUCUCUUCUCGCUCCCAGAUGGCUCCCCAGGGCCUAUCAAUCGAGACAAGGUGCUGUUCUGUGAGAAGGACGUUGGAGUAUCAUCAUUUGUGCGACAACUCGAGCCAGACUGGCACUUUGAGGCGUUUGACAGCACGGUGGAGCAGCUCAGGCGGUUUGUGAAGUACAUUUUACACAUCACGCCAGCAGCCACGGGGGCAGUGGCAGCCAACGUUGUCUCAGUGCCAUCCCUUGAGGCCUACUUUGGAUCACCCUCCUCCUGA